AUGAGCAACGCAAAUACCGCGGGAAGUAGUGGACGAAGCGCUUCAGGCAAGACUUCCGGUUCUGGUGUGACAGGAGUAGUGGCAGCGACGGCUGUGCUCAAUAGUGCUGGUGGUCAGAAUUUUCGAGUUCCUAAGUGCGCUCGUUGUCGCAACCAUGGGGUUAUUUCCGGUCUCCGGGGACACAAGAAACAGUGCACGUACCGGAACUGCCGCUGUGCCAAGUGCGAACUGAUACUUUCGCGACAGAAGAUAAUGGCCGCACAGGUUGCCCUCAAAAGGCAACAAGCGGUCGAAGAUGCUAUAGCGCUACGGUUGGCCUCCACCGAGACAGGCACACCGCUGGAGGCACUUCCGCCGGGCAAAAUAUACGGAAUGACCGUCACGGAACCCUGCCCCUCCCCGUCCCCCUCGUCCUCCACCGCUUCGGUGGAUAUCAUUUCGUCGACAUCGUCCGACGCUCCGACGGGAGGAGGAUUUGAGGCAAGCGAAGAUUUGAGACUAGGGCGACCGAAAGAAACGGCGAAUGUGACCGUGUCGCAAAACGCACUGGACAUGCUGGCUCAGCUGUUUCCCCACCGAAAACGGUCCGUACUGGAGCUGAUCCUGAAGCGAUGCGAUUCCGACCUGCUGAAGGCGAUUGAGCAGUGCAGUCAAGCGCAAAGCACUUCCAGCGCCUUCAAGCCACCCGUUACGACCGCCGUUUCGACCGUCCCGAAUCCUCCGUUGGUUACAUCGAUUCCACCGCAGAUUCAACCCAGCGGGGCCAGCGGAUACUCGCCCUUCAUUGCGUACCCGAAGUGGCUGCUGCCGAUGUCCAUUCCGGUGUCUUUCAGCCACAUUGCGCCAAACCUGGCGCCUCGCUGCACUUUACCGAACUGUGUCAUGUGUGUCCAUCAUCCAAUGUAA